AUGGUCUGUCCAGGUUCAACGCAAUUGUCUCAUGACGUUAGGCUCAGCAGUAAUAUUGGAUUGUGUAGUUUCCAUCGUCAUAAGCGGAUGGGGGUUGGUCGAUUACAUUUGGUCACCAUAAAUCUUUCACCGUGUAGCUUGAAGCAAGACUCCUCAGCACUCCAUCUUUUAAGUAGACUACGUGCCCCAAUAAGGCAUGUGCCUUCCAAAUGUAGUGUUUUCAUAUGUCGGUCUGUCCUAAUACCAGGUGGAGGGAGUGGGACUCCUCUCAUGAAAUCUGCUGGUGUUAUUUUGACAAGGUCAUAUGCUGCUUUACAAGGAAACCCUGUUUUACUUCAAUUGAUCCCAGCUCUUGGCAUCAUUGCCUUUGCUGUUUGCGGUCUGGAGCCACUCCUACGACUCAGCAGGGUGUUGUUCCUCCAAAGAACUGACAGCAGUUGGAAGAAAAGUAGUUCGAGAUAUAUUAUGACAUCUUAUUUUCAGCCAUUGUUGUUAUGGACUGGGGCAAUGCUCGUCUGCAGGGCAUUGGAUCCAAUAGUCCUACCAUCUAAGUCCAGCCAGGUUGUGAAGCAGCGGCUUCUGAAUUUUGUGAGAUCUUUGUCAACAGUGAUUUCAUUUGCUUACUGUUUAUCAAGUUUAAUUCAACAAGCACAAAAAUUCUUUCUGGAGGCAAAUGACUCCAGUGGUGCAAGAAAUGUGGGCUUUGAUUUUGCUGGGAAGGCAGUCUAUACUGCUGUUUGGGUUGCUGCUGUGUCGUUGUUCAUGGAGCUGUUAGGUUUCUCCACGCAGAAGUGGUUAACUGCUGGUGGUUUGGGCACAGUAUUGCUCACUCUUGCAGGUCGUGAGAUAUUUACAAACUUUCUGUCAAGCAUAAUGAUCCAUGCAACUCGGCCAUUUAUUGUGAACGAGUGGAUUCAAACGAAAAUUGAAGGAUAUGAGGUUUCUGGGACAGUUGAGCAUGUAGGAUGGUGGUCACCAACCAUUGUUAGAGGCGAUGACCGUGAGGCAGUUCAUAUUCCUAACCACAAGUUUACUGUGAAUGUUGUGAGAAAUCUGACCCAGAAAUCUCAUUGGCGUAUCAAGAGUUACAUUGCUAUCAGUCACUUGGAUGUUAACAAAAUUAAUAAUAUUGUAGCUGAUAUGAGGAAAGUUUUGUCCAAAAAUCCUCAAGUAGAGCAGCAAAAAUUGCAUAGAAGGGUCUUCUUGGAGAAUGUCAACCCUGAAAAUCAGGCUCUUAUGGUAUUAAUAUCUUGCUUCGUGAAAACUUCUCAUUUUGAAGAGUACCUGUGUGUUAAGGAGGCAAUCCUUUUGGAUCUUCUCAGAGUUGUCAGUCAUCAUCGAGCCAGGCUAGCCACUCCCAUCCGCACGGUACAGAAAAUAUACAGUGAGGCUGACUCAGAAAAUAUACCUUUUGGAGACACGAUUUUCAGUCGAUCUAGAGCUGCAAAUCGCCCAUUCCUACUUAUAGAACCACCAUAUAAAGUUAAUGGUGAUGAUAAAGUUAAACCCUCAACCCGGACAACUCGUGCAAAUGAGGAAAAAGAUUCCAAGAUUGAUGAAACCAUGGCAUCUGAAACCAAAGGAGACGAGGAUUUUGCAGCAACAUCUAUCCCCUUGACCGAUUUAAACAACUCCAAGGAUAAACCCAAGUUGUUUUCUGAAUCACAGCCUAAAAAGGAAAAUGCAGUAGAUGAACGAAAGGGAACUACAGUUCCUACAUCUAAAAACCUGGCUCAAAGUUCUGUGUCUGAAACUUCUCCUGUGACUACCCAUGAGACCACUUCUGCUACUUCUUCACAGUCAAAGCAAGAUGAAGAAAAGUCUUCUGUCUCUUCGUCAUCAGUUAGACCUUCCUUGGAAGAGAACAUUCUUCUCGGGGUUGCCUUAGAAGGCUCAAAACGAACUCUUCCAAUCGAAGAAGAAAUGACUCCAUCUCCUAUUCCUGCGGAUUCACAAGAAUUUGCUGUCCAACGGAACGGUGGUGGACCUCCUGCUAGCAAGGAUAAGAAGGAUGGUCAGUCUUCAUUUCCAACUGGUAAACAGAAUGACAAGAUUAGUAGCUAA